CGGGUGCUGAGUGUUCAGUACCAAGUCGAUAUCCCCGAUAUUCUUCUCGGUGAGAAUGCGGACGCCUUGUUUCAAGUUCAACCGCGAUUCCGUUUGGAACAAUCCUUCCGCUUCCGUAAUGACAGAAUGGUUCCCGAAACGAUACCGAAAGACCGUGGUAGGCACAGCAUGACCCAAGCAACUCAAGCGUAUAUGUAAAAGGGAUGCGCAGCAAGGCCUCAAUUAUCCGUCUCACAACGAUCCACUACCGUACUGAGCGAAUCGAAAAACUGUGUCACUCUCUUCCUCGACCGAGCACAACCCUAUCGUUUGGCGACUUAGCAGCACACUCGAGAAACGACAUGAUGUUGAACGUGGCAGCAGUCUUUUCGUUCCUGCUUCUCCGGUGCUGUACAUCAGCCGCCCCUGUUAGCACAUUUACUCACCACGACCUCGGCGCUGGGCCUUAUCCGAUUGGUGCUCCCACUUGCGGAAGUGUAAAUCUCAUCUUCACUGGCCUCCCACCAUAUCACCCGCUGGUCGAGGCCCAAGGCUUCAACGGCAGCGCAGUAAACGCUGGUCUGAGAGCUGAUGCUGCUGAUUUGAUCAGUCAUGGAUACAACACGCGAGUCGUCCUAAUGGGCCCGGAAGUCGACAUCAGUGUCCUUGACGGCAGGCUGAACGAUACUGCAUGGGACAUUACCGGUAUCGGGUACGGCGUGCGUGGAUCGAACCGUGAAGAUCUCACACUGAGAUUCAAAGACAUCGUUCAGCUAUACCAUAGCCAGGCACCAGGCGCCCCCAUCGUGUUCGAUCACUCGUUCACGACGGCGCUGUGGGCAGUGCAGCAGCAGCUUCCGCUCAUCGGUGGCAACUGCACUAACACGCCUGGAAAAGAUUUGGGGUUUGAGAUCUAUUGUGAUGUUUGCUCCCAAUAAGUGGUUUAGGAAUGAAAAUGCGACGAGAGCUGAUAGAAAUUGUUGCUCGAUGCUUACUGUCCUGAAUUAGAAGAAAGAUGUGUGGCGGAACAAUGAUCUGGCGGUUGAGCGGCCCACCAGGAACACGUGAACACCUGGUCGACUGUGUUGUAGAUGUUCUGCACAAGGUUGAGCUUCACCUCUGGCUUUUAGCUAAGGUCUGCGUAGUCGAGUGGUGGCUAAGAGGG